AUGUGUAUCACUCUGUAUCUUUCUCUAUGCUUGUUCUUUGAACAUAUCUAUGCAGAUUCAAUCCACAGACUAGGCUCCUGUCAGCUCCAGGGACGUUUCAAACUGAAUGGAAUGUACCAGGAUGGAGAUUUUAUUCUUGGAGGCCUGUUUCAUGUUCACUUUUUCACAGUGUUCCCAGAGCUGAGCUUCAGAAUGGAACCACAACAACCAUAUUGUGAAAAAUUUAAUAUGGAAGGCUUACAGCAUGCACAAACCAUGGCUUUUGCAAUAAAUGAGGUCAAUAAGAAUCCAAACCUGCUGCCAAACAUCACUCUUGGAUACCAUCUUUAUGACAACUGUGUGAUGCUAAGAAUGGCGUUCCGGGCUGCUAUGUCACUAGCCAGUGGAACAGAGGAUUCAUUUUCUAACUUCAACUGCACUGGCCCUCCUCCUGUGAUUGGAAUUGUGGGAGAUGCAAGUUCAACUCCUUCCAUUGCAAUUUCCAGUGUUCUAGGGCUGUUUCGAGUACCUAUAGUUAGUCACUAUGCUACCUGCUCCUGUUUGAGUGACAGGAAAAAGUACCCCUCUUUCUUUAGAACGAUUCCCAGUGAUGCCUUUCAGGUGCGAGCUAUGAUUCAGAUUUUAAAGCAUUUUAAAUGGACUUGGGUUGGUCUCCUCUACAGCGGUGAUGAUUAUGGUGUCUAUGCUGCACAAAUGUUCCACAAGGAAAUGCAGCUGUCUGGACAUUGUGUUGCUUUUUCAGAAAUCCUGCCCAACGAUCACAAUCCCAGAGAUAUUCAGCGUAUAAUCAGGGUGAUCCGGGGCUCUACAGCAAAAGUGGUUGUUGUUUUUGCCCUUUCAUCCUUUCUGAUACCUUUAAUGGAUGAGGUGGUGUUGCAGAACAUGACAGGUUGUCAGUGGAUUGCAAGUGAAGCUUGGGCCACCUCUCUUGAAUACCACACUCCUCGUUUCUUGCCCUUCUUGGGAGGAACACUGGGCAUUGCUAUUAGGCGUGGAGAGAUUCAAGGGCUUCAUGAAUUCCUACUACGUAUUCGUCCCAGCAAUGAUACAACACAAAAUAUGCUGAGGAUAUUCUGGGAAAAUCUUUUUGGAUGCAGAUUUGAAACUGGGGGUAACAAAACAGAUCGAGAGCAAGAAAAAAAAGAGUGUACAGGACAAGAGGAUCUAAGUACCACAAACACACCUUACACUGAUGUUUCAGGGUUGAGGGCUUCUUAUAAUGUCUAUAAAGCAGUUUACGCCCUGGCACAUGGACUUCAUGACCUGAUGCAGUGUGAGGAGGGAAGAGGACCAUUCAGUGGCAACAGCUGUGCUGACAUAACUAGCCUCAAACCCUGGCAGUUGGUUCACUAUCUACAACAUGUGAACUUCACCACAGGCUUUGGGGAUCAUGUGUCAUUUGAUAAGAAUGGAGAUGCUCUAGCCAUCUAUGAUGUGUUAAAUUGGCAGCCAAGCUCUGAUGGGUCAAUAACAGUACACAAGAUCGGUGUAGUAUAUGAAGGGGCAACAACAGGGAUGAUGCUCACACUGGAUGCAGAUGCAAUAUAUUGGAACUUUGAGGCCAAAAAACCCCCACUGUCUGUCUGUAGUGAGAGCUGCCCCCCAGGCACCAGACAAGCAACAAGGAAGGGACUUCCUGUCUGCUGUUUUGACUGUUUGCCUUGUGGAGAUGGAGAGUUUUCUAAUACAAGAGAUGCUGUUGAGUGCAUGAUGUGUCCAAAUGAGUUUUGGUCCAGUCCGGAUAAGGAUCAAUGUGUCCCAAAAGAAGUAGAGUUUCUGUCCUAUGAGGAUCCUCUAGGCAUCUCUCUGACCACUGCUUCCCUGAUUGGCACCUGCUUCUGUGCUCUUGUGAUGAUCAUAUUUGCUCUUCAUUAUAACACACCCAUAGUACGAGCCAACAAUUCAGAGCUCAGCUUCCUGCUGCUUUUGUCACUCAAACUGUGUUUCCUGUGUGUGCUGCUGUUCAUCGGCCGACCACAGUUGUGGACGUGUCAAUUAAGACAUGCUGUGUUUGGCAUAAGCUUUGUUCUUUGUGUCUCCAGCAUUCUGGUCAAGACUAUGGUGGUAAUAGCUGUGUUUAAGUCCUCUCGGCCUGAGGGCAAAGGAGCAAUGAAAUGGUUUGGAGCAGUUCAACAAAGAUGCACAGUUCUGGUCCUCACGGCCCUCCAGGUUGUGAUAUGUGCAGUCUGGUUAUCAACUGCCUCUCCAAUGCCCCAUAAAAACAACCAUUACUUCCGCUCUAUAAUAGUAUAUGAAUGUGCCAUUGGCUCAGUGGCUGGUUUUUCUCUGCUGUUGGGAUACAUUGGACUGUUGGCAGCAGUAAGUUUCCUGUUCGCCUUCAUGGCAAGAAAUCUCCCAGAUAAUUUUAAUGAGGCAAAGUUCAUCACUUUUAGCAUGUUGAUUUUCUGUGCUGUGUGGAUUGCAUUUGUUCCAGCAUAUGUGAGUUCCCCAGGAAAAUACGCAGUGGCUGUAGAGAUUUUUGCCAUAUUAGCUUCUAGUUUUGCAUUAUUAUUGGCCAUAUUUGCCCCAAAGUGCUACAUCAUCAUGUUACAUCCAGAGAGAAACACUAAAAAUGCCAUAAUGGGAAGAGAAACAAAUAGUUGA